AAGGAAAAAAGAGUUGGUCGCCUUCGUUACCAGUGGUAUUUGAUGGAAAGAGAUAGACGUGUCUCUGGAGUCAAUCGCUACUAUGUGUCCAGGGGCUUGGAGAACAUUGACUAGAGAAGCAUUUUCCUGGCGGAUGAAAAAAUUACUUGGUUAUUCAUCUGUUCCUGCUAGAAGGCAAAUGCAGCAUAUUAUAUACUAUGCGCAUGUUAUGUAAUGCUUAAUAAAAUUUAAAGAACAUAAA